AUGGGAGAAACUCAUACACUGACUCAGGGUGGAUCGCAAGUGCACUGCCCUCCGAGCUCCGAUGUCAAGACCGGCAGCCUUAACGCUCUGCCUGCUGCCUCUCGUCCUCCAUCUCCUGUUGUACCAAGCUGCUACCGGCCAUGUAGCACCACGGGAACCACCACCACCACAGGAAUCACCACCACCCCAACUCCCACUGCCAGUAGCACCACGGGUACCACCACCAUCACAGCGACCACCACCACUCCGACCUCCACUGCCAGUAGCACCACGGGAACCACCACCACCACCACAGGAAGCAGCGCCACCCCGACUCCAACUGCCAGUAGCACCACAGGAACCACCACCACCACCACAGGAAUCCCCACCACCCCAACUCCCACUGCCACGACCACCACCACUCUGACCUCCACUGCCAGUAGCACCCCGGGAACCGGCACCACCACCACCACCACCACCACAGGAAGCAGCGCCACUCCGACUCCCACUGCCAGUAGCACCACAGGAACCACCACAACCACAGGUAGCACCACCACCGUGACUACCACGGCCAGUAGCACCACGGGAACCACCACCGCAACUCCCACGGCCAGUAGCACCCCGGGAACCGGCACCACCACCACCACCACCACCACAGGAAGCAGCGCCACUCCGACUCCCACUGCCAGUAGCACCACAGGAACCACCACAACCACAGGUAGCACCACCACCGUGACUACCACGGCCAGUAGCACCACGGGAACCACCACUCCAACUCCCACGGCCAGUAGCACCACUGGUACCACCACCAUCACAGCGACCACCACCACUCCGACCUCCACUGCCACGACCACCACCACUCCGACCUCCACUGCCAGUAGCACCACGGGAACCACCACCACCACCACAGGAAGCAGCGCCACCCCGACUCCAACUGCCAGUAGCACCACAGGAACCACCACCACCACCACAGGAAUCCCCACCACCCCAACUCCCACUGCCACGACCACCACCACUCUGACCUCCACUGCCAGUAGCACCCCGGGAACCGGCACCACCACCACCACCACCACCACAGGAAGCAGCGCCACUCCGACUCCCACUGCCAGUAGCACCACAGGAACCACCACAACCACAGGUAGCACCACCACCGUGACUACCACGGCCAGUAGCACCACGGGAACCACUGGAAUCACCACCACCCCAACUCCCACGGCCAGUAGCUCCACCGGAACCACCACCACCACAGGAAGCACCACCACCACCACCACCACCACAGGAAGCAGCACCACCCCGACUCCAACUGCCAGAAUCACCACCACCGUGACUCCCACUACCAGUAGCACCACGGGUACCACCACCAUAACAGCGACCACCACCACUCCGACCUCCACUGCCAGUAGCACCACGGGAACCACCACAACCAAAGGAAGCACCACCACCUCGACUACCACUGCUAGAAUCACCACCACCGUGACUCCCACUACCAGUAGCACCACGGGUACCACCACCAUAACAGCGACCACCACCACUCCGACCUCCACUGCCAGUAGCACCACGGGAACCACCACAACCAAAGGAAGCACCACCACCUCGACUACCACUGCUAGUAGCACCACGGGAACCACCACCACUCCAGGGACCUGCUUAAAUGGAGGGACAUGGAACGGGCAGGCCUGUAUUUGCCCCAACGGCUUCCAAGGAGACCAGUGCCAGACCAAGAUCCCAAUCUGCUAUAAUGGCGGCUCCUGGGAUGGGAUCAAGUGUGUGUGUACCAGCCUCUACCAGGGGCCGAAGUGCGAGGAGGUGGUCUCGAGCCUUGAGAUGAACUCUCCGCCGCAGACUGUCUCUGCCCAGAUGGAAAUGACCGUGACCGUGACCAGUAUGGAGUACUCCAAAGAUCUAGAAGACCGGGAUUCUGAAAAAUUCCAGAACUUCAGUGCGAUAUUCACAAAGGAGAUGGACAUAGUUUAUUCCGGAAUCCCUGAGUAUCAAGGGGUCAACAUCACAAAGCUGUCGGCCGGCAGUAUUGUGGUGGAACAUGAAGUCCUCCUGAAGACCAACUUCACCCCAGAAUACAAGGAAGUUUUCUCGAAGGUCACCCAGCAAGUGACGGAAAAAAUCCAGGAAGUAACCACGGAGCAAAUCAGCAAAAAUAAUACCUGCUUAAGUAUACUGUGUUACAACAACACUGCCACCAAGGUGCAAAAUCUUAUAGUUGACUACAACCCUGAAAAGGAAUGCCAGGAGAGGGCUGGGAAAGACUACGCGGCCUACUUCUUCCUGGCAUACAAGGAAGAGAAGCCGUACUGCAUCACCCGCUGCAUGCCCGGCUUCAACAGCUCCCUGGACUGCAACUUCGGGAAGUGCCAGCUGGAGCGCAGUGGCCCUCGGUGCUUCUGCUUGACCACGGACACGCACUGGUACAGUGGGGAAACCUGUGAGUUCAGCACCCAGAAGAGCCUGGUGUACGGGCUCGUGGGGGCAGCCGGCGCCGUCCUGCUCCUCGUCCUCGGUGUUCUCUCCAUAUUCAUGUUCCGUUCCAAGAGGGAGCUGAGAAGGCAAAAGUCUAGAGUGUCCCAGUUGUACAUGUGGCAUGAAGAAGAUGGACGGCCCACACCUGGAACCUUCCGAAACAUUGGCUUUGACAUCAAUGAAGAUCGAGACGACUCCGUGCACUUGGACUCCAUCUACAGUCACUUCCAGGCCUCCCUGGACCACAUAGACUCGGAAACCCAGAUCAGAAUUCAGAGGCCUCAGGUGAUGAUGACAUCAAUUUAAGGCAGCUCCCACAUGGAGCUGUGG